AUGUUUCGAGCUGCAGCCGCCGGUCCCUUCGACGAUGGCGUCGCCAAGGCGACCGACGAAAACCUGACCUCGGAAGAUUGGGGAGCCAUCAUCGAAGUUUGCGACCGCGUAAGCAACGAUCAGAAUGGACCCAAAGAGGUCGUACAAGCCAUGAUUAAACGCUUGGCACAUCGCAACGCCAAUGUUCAGCUGUACACUCUUGAGCUCGCAAACGCCCUCAGCCAGAACUGUGGCAAGAAUAUGCAUCGCGAGCUUUCCAGCCGAGCCUUCACCGACGCCCUUCUUAAACUCGCAAACGACCGUAACACCCAUAACCAGGUCAAGGCCAAGAUCAUCGAGCGCAUGAAGGACUGGUCUGACAUGUUCAGCAAGGAUGCGGACCUCGGCAUCAUGUACGACGCCUACUUCCGACUUAAGCAGAGCAACCCAACUUUGCAAGCCCCCUCGGCGCCUCAAAAGACGGGUCUGACGGACUUGGACCGUCAAAAGGAGGACGACGAGCUGCAGAUGGCUUUGAAGUUAUCGCUGCAAGAGGAGGAGCGAAAGAAGAAGGCGGCCGAGCCUAGCGCUGCAGCAUCAUCAUCGGCAUCAUCUGCCGCCCCAGGAUCUUCCGCUCAGGCGGCCCAACCCCAGAACCAGCCCACACCUGUGCCUGCUGGUACGACAGCUGCUACGGUGUCGAGAGUGCGAGCUUUGUAUGACUUUGUCCCAUCGGAACCUGGGGAGCUGGAGUUCAAGAAGGGUGACGUUAUUGCCGUCUUGGAGUCCGUUUAUAAGGAUUGGUGGCGGGGCUCGCUCAAGGGCAAGACGGGUAUCUUCCCCCUCAACUACGUCGAGAAACUUACGGACCCGACCCCCGAUGAGCUGGCACGCGAGGCUCAGAUGGAGGCCGAAGUGUUUGCGGAGAUCAAGAACGUCGAAAAGUUGCUUACCCUGCUGAGCACUUCUAACACGGCGCCGAGAGAAAAGGAUAAUGAGGAGAUAUCUAAACUCUACCAUCAGACGCUGGCUAUCCGGCCGAAGCUGAUCAAGCUUAUCGAGAAGUACUCGCAAAAGAAAGAUGACUUCACGCAGCUGAACGAGAAGUUCAUCAAGGCUCGUCGUGACUAUGAAUCGCUUCUUGAAUCCUCCAUGUCGCACCCACCUCAGCCUAGCUAUCACCAGUACGCGAUGAGGCCGGGUCCUGGUGGUUACCCAGGCGGGCCAGGGACAGGAUACCCUCCUCAGGGGCCUCCCCAGCAGCAGCAGCAGCAGCAGCAGCAGCAGGAGCAGAGAUACUAUACUCCCGCACCACAAGAACAUCCACAAUACCCCCAGUCCACGCCCUCGCCGAAUUUCCAGCGUCCAGCACAAGCAACGCCCGCCCCUUUCUACGUAGCCGGCGCCGAAGUGCCCUCGGCGGGUGGACCGCCUCCUGCGCAAAACCAGCAGUACCCUCAGCGUGACCAAAACUCCCGCUUGCCGUCCACAGGCAAAGCCCCAGCGCCAAUCAAUACGUCGCCUACGCCUCCCGCCAACGCUUACAGUGCCUAUUCACAGCCGCCUAACCAGAGACCGCAAAGUACGUACGGCGCUCAGGAGUUGGCGACCUCUGUGUAUGAUUCGCCUAUCGCUACCCAUAACCCGAACUCGGCCGCGACGUACUCUUCAUCUGUAUACUCCCAGGACGACCCGUAUAACAAUGCGUCUAGUCCAGUGACAGGAAACUCUACAGUCAAUGUACCGCAUCCAUCGUCUUUCCCGCCAUCAGCACCUACUGGACAACAACAGCAGCAGCAACAACAACAACAACCACCUCAGCCAUCCCAACCAUCUGCGCCGCAGCAGCAGCAUCAACAAUCUCAGCCCCAGUACCAAAGCUAUCAGCCACCAGGAACGGGACCGGAUAACUACAGCAAUGCCCCAACGCAGGCACCACCACCAGUGCCAAUCGGAGCUGCGCCACCCAUUCCAGGUGCAGGCAGGUCUGAUGUUAUGACGCCGCCACCUCUGCAACCCGGUGGUGCGAGUUACGACGCCAGGCAAGGAUUGCCCAGCCAGGGAAUGCAGCCGCAGUAUAGAGCAUAUGUGCCACCAGGCGCUGCCGCCGACGGACCAAGUGCGCCUUCUGCAAAUGACUACUAUCGCCAGAGUGGCGUCUACUAG